CAACAAGUAAGUGAAUAAUUGGCUACUCUUCUAUCAAUGGAUACCCUUGUUGUGCAAAAUGCACACUCACUGCUAUCAUCCAAUUCAUCACUUUCUUAUAUAACAUUAACUCCUUCCUUCUUUCUUCACCAGGUUCGCUUUUCUACUCUCCCCAAUCACAAACCAAUAACCAGAACCAGAAUCAGAAGCGCCCUCAAAUUCAGCAUGUCUCUCUCUGCAAAAAACCCAGGUUUUGAGCAGCAGAGACUCAUAAUACCUAACAAGCACGGUGAGAAACUAGUUGGCAUAUUGCAUGAUUCUGGCAACAAGGAGAUUGUAAUCUUGUGCCACGGUUUUCGCUCCUCAAAAGAAUCCAAUACCAUAGUCAACCUUGCUGCUGCAUUGGAAAAAGCUGGAAUCAGUUCUUUCCGCUUUGACUUUUCUGGAAAUGGGGAAAGUGAUGGUUCAUUUCAGUAUGGGCACUACUGGAGAGAGGCUGACGAUUUAUAUGCCGUAACUCAGCAUUUCCAUGAAUCAAACCGUUUGGUGACUGCAAUUCUUGGGCACAGUAAAGGAGGUGGAGUGGUGCUUCUUUAUGCUUCAAAAUAUCAUGACGUUAAAGCAGUCGUCAAUCUCUCUGGACGCUAUGAUCUGAAGGCGGGAGUUGAAGAACGCCUUGGACAAGAUUAUAUGGAAAGAAUUAGGGAGGAUGGUUUCAUUGACGUGAAGAGGCCAGGAAGUUCUUCUGAGUACCGUGUGACUUUGGAAAGUUUGUUGGAUCGCUUAAAUACAAAUAUGCAUGAAGCAUGCCUUCAGAUUGAUAAAGAAUGCAGGGUCCUUACAGUUCACGGUUCUUCAGACACAGUUAUAUCUGUUGAAGAUGCAUCUGAGUUUGCCAAGAUAAUACCAAAUCACAGAUUACAUAUCAUAGAAGGAGCUGAUCAUUCCUACACUAAUCACCAAGAUGAGCUAGCUUCGCAAGUUGUAAACUUCAUAAAAGAAACCUUUCACCAGGAUAAGGAUACUUAGUAGGUCUUGCGAUUCAAAGUCAAUUGAAAUUGCUACCGCCAAAGAUAUGGUGUUGUUCUACAAUUGAACUCUAUUUUUUACUUAUUAAAUUAGUGAAUAUUAUUUACUUUGACUAUGCUCACAAGUUUGAGAAUGAAUUUACUUACUAAUUCAUAAAAAUUUGUUGUAUUUGCUUAAUGAUGAGUUCUGUUUUUUCUUCUUCUUA